AUGAAACUUUACUGCCUGUCAGGACAUCCAACCUUGCCAUGCAACGUACUCAAGUUCAAAUCCACCACCAUCAUGUUGGAUUGCGGACUGGAUAUGACGUCUACCCUCAAUUUCCUCCCGUUACCACUGGUUCAGAGCCCCAGGCUGUCCAAACUUCCUGGUUGGGUUUUGAAAGACGGAAGCACGUUUCUGGACAAGGAGCUAAAGGAGUGCUCUGGCCAUGUGUUUGUAGACUCUGUGCCUGAGUUCUGUUUACCAGAGACUGAGCUGCUUGACCUCUCCACGGUAGAUGUAAUCUUGAUCUCAAACUAUCACUGCAUGAUGGCAUUGCCCUAUAUCACAGAGUACACAGGAUUCACUGGAACAGUGUAUGCCACGGAGCCCACUGUUCAAAUUGGCAGACUCCUCAUGGAAGAACUGGUGAAUUCCAUUGAACGUGUGCCAAAGGCUCAGUCUGCCUCCAUGUGGAAGAACAAGGAGGUACAGAGAUUGCUGCCCGCCCCUCUGAAGGACGCGGUGGAGGUGUCUAUGUGGAGAAAGUGCUACACCUUGCCAGAAGUGAACGCUGCGCUCAGUAAGAUCCAGCUGGUGGGAUAUUCUCAGAAAAUUGAGCUGUUUGGUGCUGUGCAGGUCACCCCUCUCAGUUCAGGCUACGCCCUUGGAAGUUCCAAUUGGAUUAUCCAGUCGCACUACGAAAAGGUUUCCUAUGUUUCAGGAUCUUCUCUACUUACAACACACCCUCAGCCCAUGGACCAGGCUUCUCUUAAAAAUAGCGAUGUUCUCAUCCUGACGGGUCUUACACAAAUCCCUACUGCUAACCCAGAUGGCAUGGUAGGAGAGUUCUGCAACAACUUGGCUAUGACUGUCCGGAAUGGAGGAAAUGUGCUGGUUCCCUGUUACCCCUCUGGAGUCAUAUACGAUCUGCUGGAGUGCCUGUAUCAGUUUAUUGACUCUGCCGGACUCUCCAAUGUCCCUUUUUAUUUCAUCUCACCUGUUGCCAACAGCUCCCUUGAGUUCUCCCAGAUCUUUGCUGAAUGGUUGUGUCAUAACAAACAAACAAAGGUAUAUCUUCCAGAACCUCCUUUUCCCCAUGCUGAACUCAUUCAGACAAACAAAUUGAAACAUUAUCCCAGCAUCCAUGGAGACUUCAGCAAUGACUUCAAGCAGCCAUGUGUUGUGUUUACUGGACACCCCUCUCUUAGGUUUGGGGACGUGGUUCAUUUCAUGGAAUUAUGGGGAAAAUCUAGCUUGAACACCGUUAUAUUCACAGAACCGGAUUUCUCUUAUCUGGAUGCCCUGGCUCCUUAUCAACCUUUGGCGAUGAAAUGUGUUUAUUGUCCCAUUGACACAAGACUGAAUUUUAUUCAGGUGUCUAAAUUACUCAAAGAAGUCCAGCCCCUCCACGUAGUUUGCCCGGAGCAGUACACUCAGCCACCACCCACCCAGUCUCAUCGCACAGAUCUGAUGAUAGACUGCCAGCCUCCGCCAAUGUCCUACCGCAGAGCAGAGGUGCUGACGCUUCCGUACAAGCGGCGCUACGAGAAGAUCGAAAUCAUGCCAGAACUUGCAGAUUCACUCGUGCCCUUGGAGAUUAAGCCUGGUAUUUCCUUAGCAACGGUUUCUGCCGUGUUGCAUACUAAAGACAACAAACAUGUGCUGCAGCUCCCUCCAAAACCUCCGCAACCUCCCGCCAGCAAGAAGAGAAAGCGAGUGAGUGAUGACGUGCCAGAGUGUAAGCCUUUGAAGCCAUUGCUGAGCGGCUCCAUUCCUGUGGACCAGUUUGUGCAGGCGCUCGAGAAGCAUGGUUUCAGUGAUGUGAAGGUGGAAGACACAGCCAAAGGCCACAUCGUACUCCUCCAGGAGGCAGAAACCCUCAUUCAGAUUGAGGAGGACUCCACACACAUCAUCUGCGACAACGAUGAACCUUUGAGGGUGAAACUGCGUGACCUGGUUCUCAAAUUCCUGCAGAAAUUUUAACUCAUGGACAUCAUGCUGCUCUGCAAGGGGACACCCCAGAGCUAAGAGCUUUCCAGAGGAUGACCCCAGGGAGAGAGAAAAUUUCCUGAUUCAGAGACCAGAAACCACCUUCCCCUUCAUGGAGAAGCAAGGAAGUAUUUUUUAAUAUCUAUAUAUUUUUUUAAUUUUAUUUUUAACCUGUUUUGGAAUACUUUGGAGGGGAUUCCUGUGAUGUAAAAUUGGGAGUUGGAAUCUUGUAGGAGAUACAGACUGCAGAGUAAGUAAAUAGAGUGUAUACUUAGCAGGUCAGGGUGAGAUUGUGUGCAGAUGCAGGCAUUUCUCUGUGUGA